CGUCGCUGUGAGACGACGCAGCAGUCAGUGACCAAACCUGUGUGCAGGUAUAAAAGCAGCACCAGCAGCAGCAGGGACAGACAGACGGAGCAGAGCUGUGUUGACAGAGACGAGACACUUGACUUGUUUCCUGGGACACAGGUGGGAUCUGUCUGGAACGUCCACUGUUCUCUACUCUAUCAUCUGCAUCAGCAACAUGAGAGAGUGCAUCUCCAUCCACGUGGGCCAGGCAGGAGUGCAGACAGGAAACGCCUGCUGGGAGCUCUUCUGCCUGGAGCACGGCAUCGCUCCCGACGGCACCUUCCCGGACGGCCAUGCACAACCAAACUCACGUGAAGAUCCAUUCAGCACUUUCUUCAGCACUGGGAGUCGAGGGCGUCACAGUCCACGAGCGUUAUACGUGGAUCUGGAGCCCACGGUGGUCGAUGAAGUGAGGGUCGGUAAAUACAGAGAUCUCUUCCACCCCGAGCAGCUGAUCUCUGGAAAGGAGGACGCAGCCAACAACUACGCUCGUGGCCAUUACACUGUCGGCAAAGACAUCAUUGAUGACGUCAUGGAGCGCAUCCGUAAAAUGACGGACCAGUGCUCUGGCCUGCAGGGUUUCCUCAUCUUCCACAGCUUUGGAGGUGGCACCGGCUCUGGCUUCACCUCACUGUUGAUGGAGCGUCUGUCAGUCGACUACGGCAAGAAAUCCAAGCUGGAGUUUGCCGUGUACCCUGCUCCUCACGUGUCCACAGCUGUGGUGGAGCCGUACAACGCCAUCCUCACCACCCACACCACCUUAGAACAGUCCGACUGCGCCUUCAUGGUGGACAACGAGGCCAUCUACGACAUAUGUCGCCGCAACAUGGAAAUCGAGAGCCCGAGUUACGUCAACCUCAACAGGUUGGUCGGUCAGAUCGUCUCCUCCAUCACCGCCUCGCUUCGUUUCGAAGGUGCCCUAAAUGUGGACCUGAUGGAGUUCCAGACAAACCUGGUGCCCUUUCCACGCAUCCACUUCCCGCUGGUCACUUACUCGCCCAUCAUCUCGGCAGAGAAGGCCUACCACGAACAGCUGACUGUGUCCGAGAUCACCAGUGCCUGCUUUGAGCCAAGCAACCAAAUGGUCAAGUGUGAUCCUCGCGGCGGGAAGUACAUGGCGUGCUGCAUGCUGUACCGAGGUGACGUCGUCCCCAAGGACGUGAACAGCGCCAUCGCAAGUGUGAAAACCAGACGCUCCGUCCAGUUUGUCGACUGGUGUCCCACUGGUUUCAAGGUAGGAAUCAACUUCCAGCCCCCAACUGCAGUUCCUGGCGGAGACCUGGCCAAAGUCCAGAGAGCCGUGUGUAUGCUGAGCAACACCACUGCCAUCGCAGAGGCCUGGUCUCGCCUUGACCACAAGUUUGACCUCAUGUACGCAAAACGCGCCUUUGUCCACUGGUACGUGGGUGAAGGCAUGGAGGAGGGGGAGUUUGCAGAGGCCAGAGAGGAUCUGGCCUGUCUGGAGAAGGAUUACAUGGAGCUGGGUCAAACAGGUGCCGACUCUGAGAAUGAUGACGACGAGGAAUACUGAGCUCUGGUGAUUUUUUUUUUUAUCCUGUACUGACAGUAUUAUAAGUUAGAAUGAUCUGUUAGGAUCUGCAUAAAAUGCAUCUCCUCCUGUUUCCUCUUCCUCUUUCCCCUCCUGUUCUUUGGCUGUCUGUCUGUCUUUCCCAUCUGCAUGAGUGGGUGUAUCUGCUUGUCUUGUUCCCUGCAGGCUGGCCGGAGAAACCCUGUUACCUGGUUUCCCUCCAGCUCACCUGCUGCAGAUUAAUCUGCAGACGAAGUAGUAAUCAAGGAUAGUCAUCAGAGCCUCAACCUGGCGACCCUCCAACCAGCUGACACCCUGACGGGCCUUUCAGCUGUGAGCCCCUUGAACCAGACCUGUCCGGGGGAGCUGUAGCAUUGUACUGUUCUUUUUUUUUGGUAGAAAUGCAUCCUAUUC